CCCUCCUUCCCCACACUCUCUCCCUGCAUCUCUCUCUGCAUCCCUCCCUCUGGCCCCUUCUCUGCUCUUUCCUCCUCUUUCUCUUCUCCUGUCACGCAUUUCUCAUCACUCCCCCUCAUUCUGGCUUUCCACCCACUCACCGUCUUCUCUCUCUGUCUCUCCCUGUCUUUCCACCUCCGACCGACCCCCUUUUCCCCUCUCUUUCUAUUGGUUUCUUAUAGUCCUCUGGUCCUCAUUUCUCUUCUUUCCCUUGGGAGGUUUCUCCCUGCACCCCACCCCCGCCUCCUGCCUGCAGACCCCCCAUCUGUGUCCCUUCCCCCCACCACCCAGGACGUGUCCUGCAGUUGGGGGGGUGACGCACCAGGCGGUGGGAAGUCAGGGCCGGAGACCAGAUGGGAGCGGCUCUGUGGGCAGACGUGGCCGUGGCCGCUGCAGGCCUAGGAGGGGGCCCGGUCCCGCCAGCAGUCUAGAAGUGGGCACUGUGUGGGGACCCCAGCUCAGGGGUGCUCAGGGACGCCUGGGGACUGGGCAGGGAGAGGGGACAGCGGAAUGAUAACCAGCCUGGCUGCAAGGAGGGAAGCCCUCGCCCCAUGGGCAGGCCAAUAGCUGGCUGCUGACCCACCCUCUCUUGGCCAUGAACACCCCUGGCUCUCUUUCACUGGUGCCCACGACCUCGGAACCCGGGAACACCUCCUCGGCCUGGCCCCCAGAUGCUGUCCUCGGAAAUGUGUCCGCAGCGUCAAGUGCAGCAGGGCUGGCUGUCAGCGGCAUUCUGAUCCCACUGGUCUACCUGGUGGUGUGCGUGGUGGGCCUGCUGGGCAACUCCUUGGUCAUCUAUGUGGUCCUGCGACAGACGGCCACCCCAUCGGUCACCAACGUCUACAUCCUCAACCUGGCACUGGCCGAUGAGCUGUUCAUGCUGGGGCUGCCCUUCCUGGCUGCCCAGAACGCCCUGUCCUACUGGCCCUUCGGCUCCCUCAUGUGCCGGCUGGUCAUGGCCGUGGAUGGCAUCAACCAGUUCACCAGCAUCUUUUGCCUCACGGUCAUGAGCGUGGACCGCUACCUGGCGGUGGUGCACCCCACCCGCUCGGCCCGCUGGCGCACGGCGCCCGUGGCCCGCACGGUCAGCGCGGCUGUCUGGGUGGCCUCGGCCGUAGUGGUGCUCCCCGUGGUGGUCUUCUCGGGCGUGCCCCGUGGCAUGAGCACCUGCCACAUGCAGUGGCCCGAGCCGGCGGCUGCCUGGCGGGCUGGCUUCAUCAUCUACACGGCCGCGCUGGGCUUCUUUGGGCCGCUGCUGGUCAUCUGCCUCUGUUACCUGCUCAUCGUGGUGAAGGUGCGCUCCGCCGGGCGGCAGGUGCGGGCCCCCUCGUGCCAGCGGCGGCGGCAUUCUGAGCGCAAGGUCACGCGCAUGGUGGUGGCCGUGGUGGCGCUCUUCGUCCUCUGCUGGAUGCCCUUCUACGUGCUCAACAUCAUCAAUGUGGUGUGCCCGCUGCCCGAGGAGCCUGCCUUCUUCGGCCUCUAUUUCCUGGUGGUGGCCCUGCCCUACGCCAACAGCUGUGCCAACCCCAUCCUUUAUGGCUUCCUCUCCUACCGCUUCAAGCAGGGCUUCCGAAGGGUCCUGCUGCGGCCCUCCCGCCGUGUGCAAAACCAGGAGCCUCCCGUGGGGCCUCCGGAGAAGACGGAGGAGGAAGAGGAGGAUGGAGACGGGGAGGACCGGCACGAGGGAGCAGGGAAGCAGGGGGGCCGGGGGGAGAUGAAUGGCCGCGUCAACCAGAUCAUACAGCCAGGUCCCAGUGGACAGGAGCAGCCUCCCAGCAGCACCACCAGCAAGGAGCAUCAGUUCCUACCCCAAGAACCCUCGGCUGGGGAGAAAUCUGACACGCUGCACAUCAGCUAUCUCUAGGGGCCUGUGGAGGGCCAGGGUAGCCCGAGGAAUGGGCAAAGACUGUGGGUGCAC